UUGAUAUAGAUACGCAGCGUACUUCACGCUGCAUGCUUGUCAGUGAAUUAGAAUUGAUUAAAAUGAUUAGAAUUACUCGGUGAACUCGACGAGGGACUUUUUGUUUCUUUUUGAGGAAUCCGGAAUUAUCUUGGACAUCGUACGCGGAAGUAUCGCUCUUAUGAUCAGCCGAUGGACCAACACGCGAAGAAAAAUCGUGUAUUUGAGUAUUGGCCGGUGAUUCGCAAAAGGAAAGCUAACGAGGAUGAGCCAUGCGAAGGUACAAGAAAACCGCUUUGGGGACAAUAAACUCCGUCGCAGGCAAUUAGGAAAAAGCAGCUCACUACCGAAUAAAAUGGUGGGACUAGGUAGCGACGAGCUAUUUAUUUCGACCAUCACCGAUAUCAACAAUAUGGAAUUGGAAAUCAACUCUGAAGACGAGAGCGAUGAAAACGAAAAGGGCGAUAUACAGCGGCUGAUACCAUUGGACAGCGAGAGUGUCGUAUUUAGCAGCGGAAAAAAGGACAAUCAAAGAAAUGAGAUGGAAAAUGCGGACGAUGAAACCGUCUGGUCUAUAUCUAUCCAGAUGUUUAUACCCUUCCUACUUGCCGGCUUCGGCAUGGUUGCCGCUAGUUUGCUGCUAGACGUGGUGCAGCAUUGGCCAGUGUAUCAAGUGGUAUCCGAAGUAUACAUAUUAGUUCCUGCACUACUGGGUUUGAAAGGAAACCUGGAGAUGACAUUGGCCUCCAGAUUGUCGACUCAAGCUAAUCUGGGUCAAAUGGAUACGACGAAACAACAAUGGACAUUGGUUAUGGGAAAUUUAGCCUUAAUUCAAUGUCAGGCUAUGGUAGUUGGUUUACUGGCGUCCUUGGCAGCUGUGAUUCUUGGUUGGAUUCCGGAAGCUCACUUCGAUAUUCAUCAUGGACUCUUAUUAUGUGCCAGUGCCUUGAUCACCGCUUCCGUAGCUAGUUUCGUCUUGGGCCUCGUGAUGGUCGCAGUCAUACUAUUGUCGCGACGAAUGAACAUCAAUCCUGACAAUGUCGCUACGCCGAUCGCGGCUUCCUUAGGAGAUCUAACUACUUUAGCUCUUUUAUCCUGGAUCGCUUCUAUAUUAUAUAAAGCAAUAGGUAGCGCUCCGUGGGCAGCUCCAUUAUUGAUAGCAUAUUGUGUAUUUAUAACUCCUGUAUGGGGGUACAUAGCAGCUAGAAAUCCAUUUACUAAAGAAGUAUUGGAUUACGGCUGGACGCCUGUGAUAUCCGCGAUGUUAAUUAGCAGUCUUGGUGGACUGAUUUUGGACUACACCAUAUCAAGCUACAAAGGCAUAGCGGUCUUUCAAUUAGUAAUUAAUGGCGUUGGGGGAAACUUGGUUGCCGUUCAAGCCAGUAGAAUAUCGACGUCCCUACAUAAAGAUUAUCACACGGGUGUUCAAAAAACUCUCAACGUUUGCAUUAGUCCAUUCCACGCAUUUUUUGCUAAAGGAGGACACGCGAGGACAGCUAGAGUAUUACUGAUGAUGGUGAUACCAGGGCACUUAAUCUUUAGUUACACGAUUAGUUACCUUCAGGCGGGGCAUACCUCAUUCACACCUAUAUUUAUCACGAUAUAUUUGAUCGCUGCAAUGUUACAGGUAAUCCUGUUGUUAUAUAUUGCGCAAUUAAUGGUUAUUUGGAUGUGGAUAAGAGGUAUGGAUCCAGACAGUUCUGCGAUACCGUAUUUAACAGCAGCAGGUGAUCUUAUAGGAACUGCGCUACUUGGAAUUGCCUUCCAUAUUCUUUAUGCCAUAGGCGAUGGCGACUCUGACGUAGGAGAUUGAUCGUUAAAGUUUAUACAAUAUUUUAAAUCCUUUAUAAUGUUACAGGUCACAAAUUGUGGAACUGUCAAAAGACUGCAAUGAGAAAUCUGAUUUGAAUUUACAAUACGCGACACCAUUGUAAUUCAGGAUUAUCAAUGGCUAUCGCUUUCGUUACAGUGAGUUUUUUUUUCAAAAAGAAAUAUUUAUUAAUAUUGAUUCUAUUACAUAAUAAUGAAAUUGUCACGUGAUUACAAAGAUAGGAAUUAAUUUGAAUCGCGACUAUGCCAAUAAAUAUAGGCCAGUAUAUAUAAGUAUACAUAUUUCAUUUCUAUGCUUUAACCAAAAUUUUCAUCAUACAAGAUAUUUUCUUAAGCUUCGUCAUAUCAAUCAUACGACGUAUGUGCCUAUAUGUAUAAACUUAGUUAACUGUAUAUAAUACCUAGUAGAUAUAUAUUUGUACACAUAUACAUAGACAACACGUCAAUCAGUUAAAUAUUAAAUAUAAAUUUUAAUAUUUUUUAUAUAAUUACCUAUAGAGGAAAUUUCAAUUAGCAAUCAACUGCAAUUCUCAAUUAUGGCGUUAAAGUGAAGGAUGUGUACUCUUUCUUUUUUUCUUUCUUUCUCCUAGUAUUUUCUUCAAUUUAUUAAUACUUGGAAACUUAUAAGUACAUAUUGUAUGUGUAAAGCUUAAGCGGCUUGUAUAUAUUUCGACAAUUUUGUUUUUACAUAGUUUUACUAUCUGAGGCCCGUUUCUACUAGUGUAGAUUAACUUUCUUGGUCUAAUUUA